CCUUCUCGCAGCGGCUCUUGAAGCUCCAGGAGGCUGAGGCCGCUGCCCGCAUCUUCCCAGGCUGCGCUAAAUUCGGGGUCGCUUCUUCCAAAUUCCACGUCUUGGCAGACUUUGUGAAGGAAAGCCGAAGGUCGUGAUGGAGCUUGAAGAGGACCUUAACGGAGGAGUAGACAAGAACUUCUCGAAGAUGGGCAAAAAGAGUAAAAAGGAGAAGAAAGAAAAGAAACCAGCCGUUGGCAUAUUUGGGAUGUUUCGCUAUGCGGAUUGGCUGGACAAGCUGCUCAUGGUCCUGGGGACGCUGGCUGCUGUUAUCCAUGGCACUUCACUUCCGCUCUUGAUGCUGGUGUUUGGACACAUGACAGAUAGUUUUACAAAAGCAGAAACCACUGUUUCACCAAACAUUACUAAUCAAAGUGAAACCAGCGGUACUCAGGCCAGCAGCCGCGGCAAUCUGGAGGAAGACAUGGCCACGUACGCCUACUAUUACACGGGCAUUGGUGCUGGCGUGCUCAUAGUUGCCUACAUCCAGGUUUCAUUUUGGUGCAUGGCAGCUGGAAGACAAAUACACAAAAUCAGACAGAAGUUUUUUCAUGCUAUAAUGAAUCAGGAGAUAGGCUGGUUUGACGUGCACGACGUUGGGGAGCUCAACACCCGGCUCACAGACGAUGUCUCCAAAAUCAAUGAUGGGAUUGGUGACAAAAUUGGGAUGUGUUUUCAGUCCAUCACCACAUUUCUAGCUGGAUUUAUAGUAGCAUUUAUAAGUGGUUGGAAGCUAACCCUUGUCAUUUUGGCUGUCACCCCUCUUAUUGGAUUGUCGUCUACUAUGUGGGCCAAGGUAUUGACUUCAUUUACUAAUAAGGAACUCCAGGCUUAUGCAAAAGCUGGAGCAGUUGCUGAAGAAGUCUUAGUGGCCAUCAGAACUGUGAUUGCAUUUGGAGGACAAAAGAAAGAACUUGAGAGGUACGAUAAAAAUUUAGAAGAAGCUAAAAAUGUUGGAAUAAAGAAAGCGAUCACGGCCAACAUUUCCAUAGGUAUUGCCUAUCUACUGGUGUAUGCAUCGUAUGCACUGGCGUUCUGGUAUGGGACCUCCUUGGUCCUCUCAAAUGAAUACUCUGUUGGACAAGUACUUACUGUCUUCUUCUCUAUAUUAACUGGGACUUUCAGUAUUGGACAUCUUGCCCCAAACAUAGAAGCCUUGGCAAACGCAAGAGGGGCAGCCUAUGAAAUCUUCAGGAUAAUUGACAAUGAGCCAAACAUUGACAGCUUCUCAACAAAGGGACACAAACCAGACAGUAUAAUGGGAAAUUUAGAAUUUAAAAAUGUCCACUUCAGCUACCCAUCUCGAAGUGGAGUUAAGAUCUUGAAGGGCCUCAACCUGAAGGUGCAGAGUGGACAGAUGGUGGCCCUGGUUGGCAGCAGUGGCUGUGGGAAAAGCACCACUGUCCAGCUGCUGCAGAGGCUGUAUGACCCCAUAGAGGGCGUGGUCAGCAUCGACGGACAGGACAUCAGGACCAUCAAUGUGAGGUAUCUGCGGGAAAUCAUUGGCGUGGUGAGUCAGGAACCUGUGUUGUUUGCCACCACCAUCGCUGAAAACAUUCGCUAUGGCCGAGAAAAUGUCACCAUGGAUGAGAUUGAGAAAGCUGUCAAGGAAGCCAACGCCUAUGACUUCAUCAUGAAACUGCCCCAUAAAUUUGACACCCUGGUUGGUGAGAGAGGGGCGCAGCUGAGUGGGGGACAGAAACAGAGAAUCACCAUCGCUCGUGCCCUGGUCCGCAACCCCAAGAUCCUUUUGUUGGAUGAGGCGACCUCAGCUUUGGACACAGAAAGUGAAGCCGUGGUUCAGGCCGCUCUGGAUAAGGCUAGAGAAGGCCGGACCACCAUCGUGAUAGCUCACCGCUUGUCUACAAUUCGUAAUGCUGACGUCAUUGCUGGGUUUGAUGAUGGUGUCAUUGUGGAGCAAGGAAAUCAUGAUGCGCUCAUGAAAGAGAAGGGCAUUUACUUCAAACUUGUUAUGACACAGACUAAAGGAAAUGAAACUGAACUGGGAAGUGAAUCUUAUGAAUCCCAAAGUGACACUGAGGCCUCUGAAUUGACUUCAGAAGAAUCAAAAUCCCCGUUAAUAAGGAGAUCAACUUGCAGAGGUACUCGUGGUCCACAAGACCAAGAGAGGAGAGUCAGUGUGCAGGAGGCGCAGGAGGAAGACGUGUCUCUAGUUUCGUUUGGCCGGAUCCUAAAACUAAACAUAACUGAAUGGCCUUACUUGGUCAUUGGUGUGCUUUGUGCUGUUGUAAAUGGAUGCAUGCAACCAGCGUCCUCCGUAAUAUUUUCAAGGAUUAUAGGGGUCUUUACAAGAGAUGAUGAUCCUGAAACCAAACAACAGAACUGUAAUUUGUUUUCCCUGCUUUUUCUGGUCCUAGGAAUGAUUUCGUUUGUUACAUAUUUCUUACAGGGCUUCACAUUUGGCAAAGCCGGAGAGAUCCUCACCAAGCGACUGCGAUACAUGGUUUUCAAAUCCAUGCUGAGACAGGAUAUAAGCUGGUUUGAUGAUCAUAAAAAUAGCACUGGCGCGUUGACCACCAGGCUCGCCAGUGAUGCUGCUAAUGUUAAAGGGGCUGUGGGUUCCAGGCUUGCUGGAAUUACCCAGAAUGUAGCAAAUCUCGGGACAGGAAUUAUCAUAUCCUUAAUCUAUGGCUGGCAGCUAACACUUUUACUCACAGUGAUUAUACCACUCAUCAUAUUGGGUGGCAUUAUCGAACUGAAAAUGUUGUCUGGUCAUGCUCUGAAGGACAAGAAAGAACUAGAGGUUUCUGGGAAGAUUGCCACUGAAGCGAUAGAGAACUUCCGCACUGUCGUCUCGUUGACUCAGGAGCAGAAGUUUGAAAACAUGUAUGCCCAGAGCUUGCAGAUACCAUACAGAAACGCUUUGAAGAAAGCGCACAUCUUUGGGAUCACAUUCUCCUUCACCCAGGCCAUGAUGUAUUUUACCUAUGCUGCCUGUUUCCGGUUUGGCGCCUACUUGGUGGCGCAUCAAUUAAUGACUUUUGAAAAUGUUAUGCUAGUAUUCUCAGCUAUUGUCUUCGGUGCCAUGGCAGCUGGGAAUGCCAGUUCAUUCGCUCCUGACUAUGCCAAAGCCAAAGUGUCGGCAUCACAUGUCAUCAUGAUCAUGGAAAAACUCCCCGAGAUUGACAGCUACAGCCCGGAAGGCCUGAAGCCUAAUAUGUUGGAAGGAAAUGUGAAAUUUAAUGAAGUCAAGUUCAACUAUCCCACCCGACCCGACAUCCCAGUGCUUCAAGGGCUGAACCUGGAGGUGAAGAAGGGCCAGACGCUGGCCCUGGUGGGCAGCAGUGGCUGCGGGAAGAGCACAGUGGUCCAGCUGCUCGAGCGCUUCUACAACCCCAUGGCCGGCACAGUGUUUCUAGAUGGCAAAGAAGUAAAGCAACUCAAUGUCCAGUGGCUCCGAGCCCAACUUGGCAUUGUGUCCCAAGAGCCCAUCCUGUUUGACUGUAGCAUCGCAGAGAACAUCGCCUAUGGAGACAACAGCCGGGUCGUGUCCCAGGACGAGAUCGUGAGGGCGGCCAAGGAGGCCAACAUCCACCAGUUCGUCGAGUCGCUACCUGAUAAAUACAACACCAGAGUAGGAGACAAAGGCACUCAGCUGUCGGGUGGGCAGAAGCAGCGCAUCGCCAUAGCACGCGCCCUCGUCAGACAGCCUCACAUUUUGCUUCUGGAUGAAGCCACCUCAGCUCUGGAUACCGAGAGCGAAAAGGUUGUCCAGGAAGCCCUGGACAAAGCCAGGGAGGGCCGCACCUGCAUUGUGAUCGCUCAUCGCCUGUCCACCAUCCAGAACGCAGACUUGAUCGUGGUGAUUCAGAACGGCAAGGUCAAGGAGCAUGGCACCCACCAGCAGCUGCUGGCACAGAAGGGCAUCUAUUUCUCAAUGGUCCAGGUUGGAGCAAAGCGCUCGUGAACUGUGACUGUUUUAAUAUUGGUGUUUAAAUAUGGCAUUUAACCAAAGUUAAAAAGGUGAAUACUGUUAAAGGUAACUUCAUCAAGAUGACAGUCUCCAGAAACUUUGUAUUUAAAUGAACUGAAAUUGAAAAAAAAAAAUGUCAUUGAGUGGGGGCAGUGUUUUUGAUUGCACUAUGUGAUUCGUAAGAGAACUUAAAGAUGUUUUAAAUAAAAUAUGUAAUUUUGUUUCAAUUUUUAAUGUCAACCCUACUUUGUUGUAUUACUAUAAAGAUUAUAAAGGUUGUAAAAAGUUCUGAAAUAUGCCACAAAGUGCCUAUAAAAACUAAAUUUUCAUAUCA